UCCAGGCGCUCCUUCGAGACCACGCAAACACGCAUCUCCAGAAAUCGAGAAUGGCCAAGUACGUCGUGCUGUUCCUAGCCGUAGUCAUACUGCCGCAGUUUCUACUGCACGCCGAGAAGGUGUGGAUAGACCGGGAUAAAGUCUACUGCGGGCAUCUCGACUGCACCCGAGUGGCAACCUUCAACGGCGAGAAGUUCUGCAACCCAUGCGACACCACACACUACUGCGACUGCAAGCACACACGCGAACCGUUGCCGUAUUUGUACGCCUGUCAAGGAGGAGCUCAGUGUCAGGUGACCGAUCGGUUUGGGUCCUGUCAGAAGACGCAAUCGGAAGAGUUUUGCCGUGAGAUCGACACUGUGUACCGCGAGGUGUAAGGGUUCUUAAGGGCACAAAUGUAGCUUCGAGAAGAGGAGAAUAAAAAUUGGCUGCUUAAUCAUGAA